AUGGUAGGGCGGCAAGCUGGGACGGUGAAGCGAAGAGCUCGAGACUUGACGAAAGCGACGAAGGACAUACCUCCGGAAGUGGGAAGAUCCCACGGUACAGGCGGAUUGGCACAGAAGUAUGAGCAACUCUGGAAUCUUCUAGCCGACCGCGAGCCAGCCAGUGUGGAUAUCCCUCCAGAGUUGCACGAAGUUGGACCGCCGACACCUCGACCCGCUUGGCAAGAGUUGGGAAGGUUGGUCACGGCAUUCGAGACACCAAAGUCACUACAUGGCGACAAGUGGGUGACAAUCCGCCUGGAUGGCUGCAUGUUUGGUACUCUGACCAAGCGCAUCAGAGAGGCUGGUUUGAUCGGACCGGGCUAUUCGGAUGACCUCGGUGAAAUCAUGCAGCUUUGCUGCCGAGCCAUGCUGGAUGAGUUCAAAGGCAACUUAGCUUACACCCACAGCGACGAGAUGACGAUUUUGCUCACCCCACGUCUCACAACAGCCGCUGGAGCGGCACGGGACUGGCCUCAUGGGGGCCGGGUCCAGAAAUGGCUGAGCAUCGGUGCCAGCGUCGUCACCGCCUUGUUCAAUCGCAAGUUAGCACAGAUGGCAGAGGAGCGUGGGCUGCAGCUCCCUGACGACAUCAUUGCACAUUUCGACUGCAGAGUGGGAGAGUUCGAUUCUUUACAGGAUGCCCUUGCCUUGAUGCUGUGGCGUGCCUUUGAUUGCAGCGUCAAUUGUGUCCAAGAUGGCGCACAUCAUGCCGGUGCUCCGAUAGAGGUGGUUCGCAGCGAUUUCUCUGAAAAGCUUAAAUGGCUUCACAAAGCUGGGCUGUUGCCUUUGAAGCCUCAUCAGGCCUACGGCAGUUUGUUUGUCCGGACCAUGGGUGAGUUUGACGCCCUGGUCCCGAGCACGAACGAAACGGUCAGGGUAACGAGACGUGUGAACGUCAAGGUGAAUGACGGUGCACACGGUCCGCGAAACCUCCUUUUGCUUCCCAGAUAUAACAUGUCCUUCCGGCCCUCCGAUGGCGACCCUCGCAUGGAGCUGCGAAACGGCAGCUUUUGGCGCUAUGCCGGUCCUUCUGGCACCGGACAGGAGAGCAAUCGCGAGGAUGAUUCAAGAGAUGACAGGAAACGGAGACGCGGCCGAGGGCGAGGGCGGGGGCGAGGGCGGCGAUGGUAG